UCGUCAACCUCCGCUGGAACUUUCAUGUUAGCGAACAGCAUCACCAGAGUUUUUGGCUGACUGCUCAGACUCGACUCGACUCGACUUGUGACACAUCUCCUUGCAGACCCGAGGAGACGGAGCAUGUCGCAUAAGCUACUCGCACGAGCCCGACGACGUUACCCUGCGCUGGAUUCGCCACCGCCGCAGCUGUUCAAGAAGCCCUGUUCCCGUUGGACUUGAUACCUACAGUAGUGGGCUGCCCCGCCUAAACCCCGUAGCCCAACCCACUCCCACCCGCCGAACGAGCAGCGAAACCGACCAUACAGAAGCCAAACCUAAGGCGCUGAGGUUCAGGUUGUGUGUGCCUGGCUGUGUCUGUCUGUCUGUGUGAUAGAGCCGUUGCCUUGUCCGUCUGCAGGCAAGUUUCUUUGGCUACUUCGCCCCCGAAAAAAAAUCCAUAACUCCUUCUUCGCCCAUUCGCGAGCCCCUCCGACGACUGCAUCUCUCGAACCAGCCGACAGAGACCGCCGAGAUGCCGCCCAAGAAGAAGGGAAACAAGAAGAACCAGCAGGACGACUGGGAGGCCGAGCUUGGCGAGAGCAUUGCCCCGCCUGCCGCCGACAACGAUGCUCCUGCUGGUGACGACAACGCCGACGGCGACGACGAUGGUGGCGCCGGAGGCCUGAUGGCCACCCUGCGCAAGAACAAGGAGAAGCGUAAGAAGAAGGGCAUCGUCGACACAGCUCCUCCCGUCGAGGAGGAGGCUCCGGCCGAGGAGCCUGCGAACAAGGAGCCUGUCGAGGCAACCAUGGACGACGAGUUCGAUCUGCCCCAAAAGAAGGGUAAAGGUGGCAAGCAGAACAAGCAGCCUGCCAAGCAGUCCGAGCCCGCCGACGACGAUGGUGCCGAGUCUGGUCGCAUCUUGACCAAGGCCGAGAAGGAGAAGCUGAAGAAGGAGCGUGAGAAGCAGCGAAAGAAGGAACAGGCCGCCGCCAAGAAGAAGGGAGGUGCCGCUGCAAAGGCCCCCCAGCCUGCUAAGGCUGCUGCUCCCGAGAAGCAGGAGGAGGCCGCCCCUGCGCCGGCCGCCGAGCCCGCUGGUGGCAAGAAGAAGAAGCUUCCUGCCCACCUUGCUAUGCUCCAGAAGCAACAGGAGGAGCUCAAACGUCAGCGAGAAGAAGCUGUCCGCCUCGAGGCCGAGGCUAAGGCUAGGGCCGAGGAGGAUGAACGAGCAGCAGCUGAGGAGGAGAAGCGCCGCGAGGAGGCCAAGGCCCUCAAGAAGCAGAAGGAGAAGGAGCGCAUUGAUCAGCUCAAGAAGGAGGGCAAGUACCUCACCAAGGCUCAGAAGGAGGAGAAGGCCCGCAAUGAGCGAAAGCUCCAGCAGAUGUUGGCCGCUGGUAUCCAGGUUGGUCCCUCGGAGGGUGGAGAGAAGGCUCCCAAGAGCAAGCCGGCAGACAGGAAGAAGAAGGGCCGAGCUCAACAAAAGGCCGACGAAGAGAAGGCCCUUGCUGAGGCUGCUGAGCGCGCCAGGCUGGAGGCCGAGAAGGCUCUGAAGGAGGCUGAAGAGAAGGCCGCCCGUGAGAAGGCUGAAGCCGAGGCCAAGGCCAAGGCUGAGAAGGCUGCCGCUGAAAGCGACGUGGAUGACGACUGGGAGGCCGCUGCCGCCUCCGACGGCGAUGUCAAGGAUAGCUGGGAUGCUGACACCGAGGAUGAAGCUGAGAAGGCCAACGGAAAGGCCGACUCUGGAUCCAAGGACGAUGAAGAGGCCGAGGACUCUGAGGAGGAGUCUGAGGACGAUGAGGCCGCCACAGCUACCCAGCAAGCUGAGCUUCAGCGAAAGCGAGAGGCUGCUGAGCGCCGUGAGAAGGCUCAUCAAGCUGCUCUGGCUGCCCGAUCCAAGGACAACCUGCGAUCCCCUAUUUGCUGUAUUCUGGGACACGUCGAUACCGGAAAGACGAAGCUUCUGGACAAGGUCCGACAGACCAACGUCCAGGAGGGCGAAGCCGGUGGUAUCACACAGCAGAUCGGUGCUACAUACUUCCCUGUCGAGGCCAUUCGACAAAAGACGGCCGUCGUCAAUCCUGAUGGCAAGUUCGAGUUCAAGGUUCCCGGUCUCCUGGUCAUCGAUACGCCUGGUCACGAGUCUUUCUCUAACCUCCGAUCCCGUGGUUCUUCGCUCUGUAACAUCGCCAUUCUGGUUGUCGACAUCAUGCACGGUCUCGAGCCUCAGACCCUCGAGUCUAUGCGCAUGCUGAGAGAGCGCAAGACCCCCUUCAUCGUUGCCCUGAACAAGAUUGAUCGACUCUACGGCUGGAAGAAGGUUGACAACAACGGCUUCCAGGACAGUCUGGCUCUUCAGAGCAAGGCCGUCCGCAACGAGUUUGAGACUCGUCUGGAGAAGACCAAGAUUGCCUUUGCCGAGCAGGGUUUCAACUCUGAGCUCUUCUACCAGAACAAGUCCAUGUCCAAGUACGUCUCGCUCGUGCCCACUUCGGCGCACACGGGUGAGGGUGUCCCCGACAUGCUGAAGCUCAUUGUCCAGCUCACCCAGGAGCGUAUGGUUGGCUCCCUCAUGUACCUGUCUGAGGUCCAGGCCACCGUUCUUGAAGUCAAGGCCAUUGAGGGUUUCGGUAUGACCAUCGAUGUCGUCCUUUCCAACGGUAUCCUGCGUGAAGGCGACCGCAUUGUACUCUGCGGUACAGAAGGUGCUAUCAAGACAAACAUCAGAGCUCUGCUCACCCCGGCACCUCUCAGGGAACUGCGUCUCAAGUCUGCUUAUGUUCACAACAAGGAGGUCAAGGCCGCUCUGGGUGUCAAGAUCAGUGCCCCUGGCCUUGAAGGUGCCAUCGCUGGUUCUCGCUUGAUGGUUGUCGGACCUGAUGAUGAUGAGGACGACAUCGAGGACGAGGUCGAGUCCGAUCUCGCUGUCCUGUUCAACCGAGUCGAGAAGUCGGGUCGUGGUGUCAGUGUCCAGGCUUCGACUCUUGGUUCGCUCGAGGCCUUGCUCGACUUCCUCAAGGACUGCAAGAUUCCCGUGGCCAACGUUGGUAUCGGUCCCGUCUACAAGCGUGAUGUCAUGCAGUGUGGUAUCAUGUUGGAGAAGGCUCCUGACUACGCCAUCAUGCUCUGUUUCGACGUCAAGGUAGACAAGGAAGCACAACAGUACGCCGAGGACCAGGGCAUCAAGAUCUUUACGGCUGACAUUAUCUACCACCUGUUCGACGCCUUCACAAAGCACAUGGACGAGCAGCUGGAGAAGAAGAAGGAGGAGUCCAAGAUGUUGGCCGUCUUCCCCUGCGUGCUCAAGCCCGUCAAGGUCUUCAACAAGAAUGACCCCAUCGUCAUUGGUGUGGAUGUUACUGAAGGUCAGCUGAGAAUCAACGCUCCCAUCGCCGCCGUGAGGAGCAACCCCACGACAGGCGCCAAGGAGAUCAUCAAGCUGGGCAGAGUAACCUCUAUCGAGCGAGAGCACAAGCAGAUCCCCGUGUGCAAGAGAAAGGAGCCUUCUGUUGCCGUCAAGAUCGAGAUGGGCGGCAAUCAGCCCAUGUACGGCCGCCACCUCGAGGAAGAGGAGACCCUGUACAGUCUCAUCUCGCGAGCCAGCAUCGACACCCUCAAGGAGUUCUACCGAAAGGAGGUCAGCAACGAGGAGUGGCAGCUCAUCAUCAAGCUCAAGCCUCUCUUUGACAUUUCAUAAGCUGGCCUGGCGAGUACCGGGGCAGAGCUUGCAACACUUGGUGGCGCGAGGCCCUCCCACCCAACACCAUUGGCGCCGGGAGCUUGACCCGAGUGACUCUUUUCGCAGAAGCUGUCUUUUGAAUCUCCCAAGACAAAGCUCAGGCGUCGGGUCAAAGCUCCCAUCAAGAAGAGGAAGAUUGCUACUGCGCAUGUGGAAGGGAAGAGGGGAUGGAGAAAAGAAAUUGCAUCUGUUUUACGAAGAAUGGAAUCACGUCAUUCAUGUAUGUUAUGUUAUGCCGGUUGCAUUGUUUGGGGAACCAAAAAAAAAAGAUUGAGGACGCAUCAGACGGAGGCGCUCGAAGGUCCAAAGGUCUUUAUAUAGAGGGUUAUAUCCAAAAGCGAGUUGCAACUA